AUGGAAUUUAAUGGAAUUGUUCAAUCUCUUGAGAACAAGGUCAUCUUUAUCACUGGUUCUACUGGGUAUUUAUCGAAAUCUUUGAUAUAUGCAGUGUUUGUGGAGAAAAUACUUAGGGUUCACCCAAACGUGACGCAUCUCUUUCUUCUCUUAAGACCCGCUGAUGCAGUGUACCCUACUCUGCGUCUGCACAAGGAUGGAAGGAACUGUUUAGUGUUAAGAGAUAAACAUGGUCUUGGUUUCGAUUCUUUUAUAUCGGACAAGGUAACACCGAUCUCUGGAGAUGUCAGUUUUGAAAACAUGGGGAUAAAAGACCCUGAUUUGGAAAAGAAGUUGCAUGAAGAAAUCAACUUUGUUGCCCAUUUUGCUGCUGCUACAACUUUUGAAGAACGAUCACUUGACCCCUUGGUGAUUAUUGUUGGGAGAAGGAAGUUACCUUGUUUUAUUGGGGACCACGUUGGGGUAUGGAUGUCCAACGGAUUUUCAAGGUUGCAUCCAGGUCCAAUCCGUAAUUCCGUUGGAUCUCAAAAAUUCCAUCCGUGUCCAACCCAUUAG